GGCGUUUGUUGGUCUGCUGUUACAUUGUGCUACACACACACACAUACACACACAGACACAUACGUACAUUGAAACAAACUUAGAGCUGCUGCUGGCCAUUGAGCACAAACCGCAUUCCACACAGCCAACAACAACAACAACAUCGACAACAACAACGACAACAACUCGAAAAUCAUCAAUGAAAAAGUAAAGCGCCAUGCAUCAUCAUCAUCCGCCAUUGCCCAUAAUGAGCACGGCAAACGGAGCCUCAGCACCAACAACAACAACCACAACAGCGACUGCUGCUGCCGCCCAACAACAACAGCAACAGCGUCGUCGGAAAAAGCGUCCCAAUUAUGGCACACGAACUGUGGAGGUGCGUCGUGGCUAUAAUGGUUUCGGAUUUACCAUAUCGGGUCAGCAGCCAUGUCGCCUUUCCUGUAUCAUUAGCAAUUCACCAGCGGAGCAGGCGGGCUUGCGUGCCGGCGAUUUUCUCAUCUCGGUGAAUGGUUUAAAUGUGUCCAAGCUGCCACACGAGACGGUCGUGCAGUUGAUCGGGAAUUCCUUUGGCAGCAUUCGUAUGCAGAUUGCCGAGAAUUAUUAUUCGGAUAGUUCGGAUGAGGAGAACGCGAAUGCAACGCUUCACAUACAGCGCAGUGCUCGUGGCCAGCUGCUGGCCGCCAGUCUGGGCAGUGGUGUGCGCAAUAAGCCGCGUUUUCUUCACCACAAAUCAAAGAUUCACAGGCUGCGCAACUCGCCCCAAAAGAAGGCCAUCGAACAACAAGUGGAAGUAGCUGGUGCUGCUGCUUCUGCUGCUCUGCCAGAUCAUGCCACAUUGCGUCCAGUGCUGGAGGAUGCACCUUUACCAUUACCAUCAUCAUCUGGAUUGGCCAAAUGUGCGGAUGUGGCCAAUGUUAGCGCCAUGGUGCGUGCCGUGGGCAGCGCUGCUUUGGAAUAUCGGGUAAUUGUUGGCUAUUUGGGCACCAUUGAGAUGCCAAAGCAGAUAUCGCACAGCUCCAAGCUGCAGACGGUGCGCUCCUGCAUACGCAAACUGCGCCAGGAGAAACGCCAACCGACCAUUGUCCUCAUGUGCAUUACACCGGACAUGCUCCGGCUGCAGAGCGCCAGUGGCGCCACCUUGGCCACAUAUGCCUCGGCGCGUCUCAACUAUGUGAGCUCCUCGUCGGAGAGCGAGAAUCGCUUCUUUGGCCUGGUCACCAGCGCUGUGCACAACACUCAAAUCGAUGAGGAAUACGAGGUGGAGGAUAAUAAAUCGAAUGCUAAUCACAUCAGCAUCUCGCAUAGCUGUCAUGUCUUUGUCAUUGAUACGAAGUUGAUUGAUCAUGUCCAGCAUUUGGGGCGUGCCCAUGAGUAUCGUUUGCAGUGCACCCGUGAUCCUAUUUCUAAUUUAUGCCUGGAGUUUCCCAACAACUCGGAGUAUGUCGUCAAUCUCAUACGGAGCAUGUACACCAUGCGCAUCCUGCCGCCAGCCAGUCGUAGUCAGCAGGCACAGCAGGAUUAUGAGGCAGGCGCUGCAGUUGGAGCGGGUGCAGGAGCUGGAGCUGCCGCUCAUUCUCCGCAGCCAUCGAAUCACAGCGAGAUUUCGACAACCACCUCGAAUUCGGAUUCGGGCAUUGGCUUCAACAAUGAUUGCACUAACAUUUCGGAUCGCAUUCUUGUCGUGGAUUUCGCUGCCGUUGCCGCCGCAGCAGGAGCAGGUGGCGCUCUUGGUCAUGCCCCAUUGCCGCCACCGCCGGCUGCAGCGCGUCCGCUGGGCAUUGUGGGUGUGCCCGAUAAUCGGUUGACUGUGCGCGCCAUGCCCGAUCCUGAUCCAAAGUCACCGUCCGCCUCCUGCUCGCUGCGUCGCCCCAAUUUGCUGGCCAGCUUCAAUUUGAUUAAGAGUCCGGCCACGAAUCUCAUCGGCACGCGCUCCUGCGAUGAUGUUCUGAAUCUUCUUGUGGAUGUUGAUGAUGAUGAGCCACCUGUCUUGGCUGCUGUCGCCUCCAUGGAUGACAUCUCAUUGCACUCGACGGCCCCCUCGCUGGAUGAGCCACACAUGUUCAUUCAUCCGGCUUGCGUGCCCCGCAAGACACGACGAUCCCUGCAGCCGGGCACAGGAGUAAUGGGAGCAGCCGGAACAGCAGCGACUCCAUCCAAACUGAGCGCUCAAGUCUUUGGCAAGCCGCGCUCACGUCAAUCCUUCGGAUUUGAGGCCAUCGACAGCAUCCAGUCAACAGUACUGGCUGGCUGCACGGAUCAACCCAUGGACACCUGGACCAGUCUCCAAAACAUUCACAAGGCCAUAAAUCCAACGCCGAAUCUCUCGUCAGCAUCCACAUCAUCCACACAUUGCCUACUAGAAGCUACCAACAGUGAACCCGAUCUGGGGAGCCGUGCACUGCCCUCCAAUGCGUCGCCGUUCCGACGUGCCUGGGGUCAAUCAUCGUUUCGCACGCCGCGCUUUGACAAGGUGGGAAAAGCAGGAGGAGGCGGAGGAGCUGCUGGCGGCGGCGGCGCUGGCGGUAGUCCGCUAGUGCGACGCACUGCCUCAAUGAACUCCUCGGACAAUGAGGUGUACGUCAAGACGCUUGUGUUGGACGAACUCAAAACAGCAAAGCCACCGCAGCCCAAGAUACAGAUGGCCGUGUUCCAAGUGCCACAAAUACUCACGACACCGGCGCCGCCUCCGUCGAGUGUGAUGACCGAGUCCACGCUAGAGGCGGAGCCAAUUGGUCCGAGUGGCUGGGGCAAUUCCUUUGAGCGAAUGCUUCAAGAUGCCGCCGGCAUGCAAACCUUUGCCGAGUUCCUCAAAAAGGAAUUCUCCGCGGAGAACAUUUACUUUUGGACAGCCUGCGAGCGCUACAAGCACACCGAAUCGGAAGCGGAACGUGGUCCGCUGGCACGUGAAAUCUUUAGCAAGCAUCUGGACAAGCACAGCAGCGAUCCGGUCAACGUCGACUCCCAGGCCCGUAAUCUCAGCGACGAGAAACUGUCUAGCGCCGCAACAGACAUCUUUGCUGCUGCACAGAAGCAAAUCUUCAAUCUGAUGAAGUUCGACAGUUAUCAGCGUUUCAUCCGCUCCGAUCUCUACAAGAGCUGCGUGGAUGCGGAGCACAAGAAGCAGGCGCUGCCCUUCACCGGCGCCGAUCUCGAUGAGCUCCUGAAGAUCCAUUUUCACGUAGUGGCCUCGCCCAAGCUCAAGAAAUCGGUGAGCAAUGCGGAGGAUCGGCGACGAAAGAGUCUGUUGCCCUGGCACCGCAAGUCGCGGAGUAAAUCCCGGGAUCGGAACGAGGUGAUGACCGAUCUGCAGCAUAAUCCAAUGAUGGUGUCACAGGCACCACCGCCACCGCCGCCGCUGCUGUCGUUGCUGACUGGCGGAGGAACCGGGGUAGGAUCUGCGCAGAAUUCGUUGAGUGAUUUGCACAGUUCCCGUUCCUCGCUGUCAUCCUUCGAUGCGGGACCGAUGGGGGGUGGUCAGCCGGCCGGUGCCAGUGCGGAUAGUCUUUGUUCGCUGUGCCGCGUGAUCCUAACAGACGGAGCGACGACCAUCGUCCAGAUACGACCCCGGGAGACGGUGGCACAGCUCGUGGAGCGAUUGCUAGAGAAGCGAAAUCUCAUCUAUCCGUACUACGAUGUGGUGUUCCAGGGCAGCAACAAGUCCAUCGAUACGCAGCAGUCGUCGCAGCUGCUGGCCGGAAAGGAAGUGAUGAUCGAGCGUCGGGUCGCCUUCAAGCUGGAUCUGCCUGAUCCCAAGGUGAUAUCCGUGAAGAGCAAGCCCAAGAAGCAGCUGCACGAAGUUAUCCGGCCCAUCCUCAACAAAUACAACUAUCAAAUGGAUAGCGUACAGGUGCUCCAUCGCGACACCCAAGCCCCAAUGGAUCUAAUGCAGCCCGUCACCGUUGCGGAUGGACUGCGCCUGCAGAUUGCCUUGCUCAAUCCGGAUUUUCAGUUAGGCGGCGGCAGUAGCAUGCCGCCGAAGCAUAGUAAACCCAUGAAGCCCCCAAUGCUGCCCCCGCCACUUGCGCACUCUGACUCCGCCCAGGGUCAGCUGGAUGAGCUGACGAACAAGAUGUUCAAUGAACUGUUGCAGAGCAAGGCGGAUGCAGUCGCUCUCAAGCCCAGCGAUCUCUGCUCCAUGCGCUCCAAUGAGGCGCCCUCGGAGAACUCAUCGCUCUUUGAUCGCACCCGUCGCCAGCCGCAUCCACAGCAACAGCAGCAGCGGGAGAACGGUGCAAACAUUCCAGGCAGCAAGCUGCCCAAGCUGAAAAAGAAAUCCACAAGCAGUCAACAUUCCGAGGAGGCGGCGGCAAGUCUGGAUCUACCCAAGCCCAAGCCCAUCAUAGCCAAGUUAAAAGCGGGCGUCAAACUGCAGUUGACCGAACGAGUAGCCGAGCACCAAGAUGAACUACUCGAGGGUUUAAAGCGGGCACAGUUGGCACGCCUAGAGGAUCAGCGCGGCACAGAGAUUAACUUUGAUCUGCCCGACUUUCUUAAGAACAAGGAGAAUCUCAAUGCGGCCGCAUCCAAGUUGCGCAAAGUGCGCGCCAAUUUGAGUCCAGUUAACAAGCCCAACACCAAUCCUCCCGCAGCAGAUGCGCCCCAGCCAGCACCACGGCUGUCCAUAACGCGCAUCCAACAGCAAUCGCCCAUGAGGGUGGAUAUAGAGCCGGAGAGCAGCACACAGGAGGAGAUGGCAGCAUUGCCACUGGAGGAUCUACAGGAAUUAGCCAAAGCGCCGCCGCCACCGCUGCCGCCCAAACCCAAAGUGUUGCCCAUUAAGCCAUCGAACUGGGGUGCUGCCCCAAAUCCUACGCCCAGCGGUUGCAGUAACUAUAGCAACAAAUUCUCACCCGUCAAGCACACAACAACAACAACAACAUCGCCCACAACAACAGUCGGAACAGCAACAACCGCAGGAGCAACAGCAACAGCUUUGUCCUUUGGCAGUAAAUUACCGCUGGAGAUUGGACGCAAGUCGCUGGAGCAGACGAGCACACGUUGUGCGUAUCUCGAUGAGCCCAGCAGCAGCUUCGUUUAACCGAUCCGAGCGAUCUUCAGUCUUUGAUCUUUGUAUAUAUACCUUACACAUAUAUUAAGAGGGGCGUAAUAUUACCCCUCUUAUCUAUUUAUUAACAUUUGUAUUCUGCGUGUGUAGUUUUUUAGGUUUUAAGUGUACCAUGACGAACUUUUAGUGGUGUCCACCACUCUAUGAAAUGAUCCGUGUGUAUUUAUAAUGAGCUCCACUUAACUUUAAGCUUAACUAAUUAAAUAAAUACCUAUAUAUAUAUAUAA